GGUAUCUACAGUUACUUACGAAGUAGUACCUACGUGUUAACUAACACUUACCUAAAUACGAUUUACUGGUGAUAAUAUUUUAUCUGAAUCCAAUGUUAUUUUUAAUCACAAAUAGCGUUUCGUACAAACGGUAGGUACCUGUAAUCAAAGAAAACAAGCCCACAUGCUUCGCCACAGUCUGCAGUAAACUUUUUUGGCGUAGCGGCACAUAACACUUUUUUUCUAGUUCUCUUAAAAACAUACUUAAGUACCUACCUAUUACUCCCAGACCCAAAACAACGAUUUAUGGAUCACUACAUAUACAUUUUCCAUGCGGGAAACCACGUCAUGUAACCAAUGGGCAUUCGUCCAUUGGUCGACUAUCAAGUCUUGGGUUUACUGGGCAAAGUACCUUAAGAUUCGAAAGUCUUAUAAGGGCCCUGAAAUAUGAGUACGACCAGGUUAAAGGUAGUGUUGCCUCUUGUUACAUAAAGUUCGGCUUAAUAUUAAGAGAUUACGUAGUAGUUACCAUUAACAAAAUUUUUGAGGUGGGUAGCUAGAGUCCUGCCUACCCUCCUCUAAAACGAAAUUAUGUUAUUCAUGCAUUGCGUUCUUAACUUACUACCAUAAAUAGGCACCUACUAUUUUUAUUUCUCUGUCUCAUCCACACUUUCUCCCUAAAUAAAUCCUGUAAAUACAGUAAUAUAAUAUGCGUGAGUUGUACAAAUUAACCACUAUCUCGAAGAUACAACAUAACGUCCAUAUAAAAGGUAAAAAGUUUUAAUAACAAUUAGGCAUAGUAAAUUGCGCAAACAAGAAUACUCUGUAACUUUGUGGAAAAAGAACAAUGACAACUAAUCAAAAUUGUUAUUGUACUUGAUAAUUUUAAAAUUCUUAAUAUACAAUGUGCUCUCUCUGCAGUCAUGGACCCUCAGAGGACAACAUUAGCUGGUCCUCUGCCUGCUAGCAGUAGGCAGGCAGCACGAAAAAGUUUCGCAAUAACAAACACUUAUAUCAAAAGUACUAAAAAAGAAAUUGUUAGUGUCCACACCAGCACUCCUACUGUAGAAAAUUUAUCUUUUCAAAUUGAACAAAAUCAAAUUUACCAAGGAGACGUGAACAUUCUUUCAAUUAUUGAUACAAAUAAAGAUAUAAUGUGCUGUAAAUAUACGGAAGAUGUAAAUGAGAUAGCAGCAGGAUUCAACGACGGCACUAUGAGAGUGUUUAGUUGCAAUACUGGACAUUGUAUCCACACUCUGGUAGAUGAAGAAACUCGCGCAUAUCCUGGACCAGUAACAGCCAUCAAACAUAGACCAGUUAGCAAAGCAAACCCCAUUACUAACAUGUUGUUAUCUUCUUAUGUAAAUGGAUGUAUCAAAUGUUGGAAAUACAAAUAUGACCAAUGUUUAUAUACCAUUCGGGAGAAACGCCAAACAUUGGGAUUAAAUUACCAUCCACGUCACAGUAAAUUUGUCACUUACGGCGAUGAUGCCAAGUUGAACAUGUAUGAUGAAGAAGCUCAGACCCAAGAACGUGCUUUUUACUCUAGUAACCAGAAGAAUAAAGUGGAUGGCCAUACAUCAAGAAUAUUUGCAUGUGCAUUCAACCCAAGGUCGCAACAUGAGAUGAUAUCUGGAGGCUGGGAUGACACAGUCAUGUGUUGGGACGACAGACAACCUUAUGCUACUCGUUAUUUUGUUGGUGUCCACAUGUGCGGAGAAGGUCUUGAUUUUGACAAACCUGGACGAACAAUACUGACAUGUUCUUGGCAAGAGAAAGAUAGUAUCCAAUUAUGGGAUUACGGUUCGUGCAAAUUAAUUGAAACUAUUGUACCAGACAAUUAUCAAUCAAAACUAUAUUGUGGUAAAAUGGUACCACAUACAAACUUGAUUGUUUGCGGAGGAUCAGACUCCAAUAUAUUGAGAGUAGUGGAUACAAACAUGAAAGUCACCGAAUGCUGUAUAAGAAAUAAUCAAGGCAGCAUUUACGCCUUUGAUUUUGGUACAAUCAGAAGAAAGCCGAGGAAAGUUACGGAGACUUACAAAAAAAUAAGCGAAAUACCAAAUGUACCUCGUGUUUCGUUUGUUACUGGGAAAAGAUUGCAGACGGUAGACUUUGGUUGACAGUUGACUAGCUGCCAGAUGCUUCAGGAUACAUGUAAGCUAUAGGCACCACACUCGAAGAAUAUGACCCUGUGGAAUAUUUCUCGAAUACAUUAAUGUUUAGUGCAUCGUAUUAUACUACCAAGUGAGUCUUGUUGAUUUUGUCUAGAUUGAGAAAGUUUUACAGAUUAAGCUCUUGACAUAACUUUACA